GACACACUCCCCAUUAAAGAAACUGAAUCACUUUUCCAUUCAUAUUUCUACAAAUUUUCUCUUCUUUUUGCCAAUUUCCACUUAAAUUUUCCCUCAAUGGAAGAAAACGAGAAUCGAAAUACCGGAAAUGUGAAUCAAAGGGAAUAUUUGAAAUCCAUUGAAUUCACAACAAUGAUUUGUUCUUCAAAAACAAUUUCAAACCUUUCAUUAAUUUCCUCCGGUGAUCCAUUCUUUUCCUCAAUUAUCACUCUUUACAUUUUAAUCCUUCUUUAUUUCCCUCAAAGCUUUUUUUCCCUUAAAUUCCUUUCGAUUUUCACUGCAUCUCUGUUAUUCUCCCUCUUUCGAAAACCCAUCGAUGAAGUUAAAAAAACGGAGUUUCAACAACGGGUCGGAUCUAAAACCGACCCGGAAUUUGUAAUUCGGAGUUUCGAAGAUUUGUUCGUUGAAUCGGACGUCGGAGCUCCGUUGGAAGUGAUAUUUGAAGGGGAAGAAGAAGAAGAAGGGGAGGAUUGUAAUGAGGAUUAUUAUUACCCGGAUCCGACCCGUGUUAUCGAGAGGUAUCCUUCGUUGUCGUUGUGUUACCCGGAAUCGGAUUCGGAUAGUUCUUCGUCGGAGAUGGAUUUUCCGGUGAUUGGAGAAUGGGUUUCGUCGGAAAUGAUGUGUUGUGGAUGGGAAGAGGAAGAAGAUAAAGAAGGGAUGAUUGAGAUUGAUUUGGAUUUUCAUGAGGAAGAAGAUAAUUUGAUUGAGAUUGAUAUUUCUUAAAAAAGGGUUUAAUUUUCAGCUAAUAUUGCAUUGAUUUAAUUAAUUAAAAAAAAGUUGAAGUGAAGUAUAUUUAUCAAUUAUAUUUUGUUUAAUUU